AUGGAUGCCUUGCUGGGGACAACACUGUUGGACGGAAGAGGGGAAGUCGCAACAUCGUCUUUACAGGGAGGGGUCGUGGCCCUGUACUUUUCAGCUGGAUGGUGCCCUUCGUGCGAGGGAUUCACACCUCAAUUCCGCAAAGUGUAUGAACAAGCCACAUCGAAGAACGGAGCUUUGGAUGUCGUCUUUGUAUCCAGCGACCGCGAUGAGAGCUCUUUCCAAGAAUGCUUCGCCAAGAUGCCGUGGCAUGCGCUGCCGUUUGCGGACCGCCAGCGUCAACAGCAGCUCUCUGCAAGCUUUGGAAUCCGUGGAAUUCCUUCUGUUGUCCUGCUCAACUCCUCUGGGCAGUUGCUGGAUGACAGCGCACGAGGCAAGGUCAUGGAGCCGGGUUUCCUCCUGUCCCUGCCACGCCGCAUCGACUUGGUGUCGGCUGCGCUGCCGGAGCCGACGGGUUCCGUGCACUUGCGGCUGCGGUACAAAGGCCGCGAACAUGACAUGGAAUGCGAGCCCAGUGAAGGCUGGGAAAUGCUGCGCAAGCAGAUCUCCUCCAUGAUUGACGUGCCACCUGAGCAGUUGAAGCUGUUUGGACUGGGUCUUGACAAAGGCCAAGUGGAUGAAUCCAUCUCUCUAACGCGGGCCUUGGCGAGGAGCAUUGCGACCCAGAAAAAUUCAGGUCUCCGAGUGGCCAAGGUGCCGUUGGAAGCAAGACGGGCAUCCUCGAGCCACGAAGACGACAAGCCUGGGCAAAGGCGCGGAGACUGCAGUCCAUGGUACCAGCUCGACUUGGGGGAGGUCGAACACGUCGCUGGAGUGCUCGUGGCUGCACGCCGCGUGGAGUGUGGCCAAUGGGCCACAAGGCUGGCAAGUGCCGUCAACUGCGACCUGAGGACGGGCCCUGGACUUCCGCCGACAAUGGCAGGGAGUUUGCUGGGCCGAGCUAUGCAGACCCUGUGCGCGCAGUUUUCCAAAACGGCUCGCAGCUGGCUCGAUCCUGCCGGUGAGUCACCGGAACCAUGGCUCUCUCCGCGCAGACGUGCUGCUGGCUACCGGAGAACCGGACAAGCCGCCGGUAAUUGUCGCUCUGGGAAACUUCAGUGCAGGAGACCCCUUCGAAUCUGCCACACCCGAGGUGCCGGUGGAUGA